AUGUCCGACUCGUCCAUCGAUUACAAGAAACUCAAGGAGGACUUCGUGUCCAACUUGACCGGCGGGCCCAUCAGCGAGAUUAGCGCCGUGACCGCGGUCGGACCGGUCGCCAUCUUCCUCUGGUCUGUGCUACAAGCCCGCCAAUCCUUCUUCAAAUCAUACAGCGUCGUCGCUUUUCUCGUCGACUACUUCAUCAACGUCGGAACCAUCAUCCUCUCGACUACGCUAUACUCUAGCACGCCCAUCCUCCUGAGCCUUCUCCUCGUCGCCCCGGCUCUUCUCGUCUGGGCACUGCCCAGCUCGUCGUCCCCGAAAAAGAAGCCCCUUGUCCCCCCCGCCGCCAAAUCUAAGAAUGCCUCCGGAGCUCUCGGCGUCCUGUCGCUUAAGCCCUUCCUUACCACUUACAGAGGCUCCAUGAUGAUCAUGACCUGUACCGCUAUCCUCGCCGUCGACUUCAGACUCUUCCCAAGAAGAUUCGCCAAGGUGGAGACGUGGGGUACCUCUCUGAUGGAUCUAGGCGUUGGCUCCUUCGUCUACUCUGCGGGCGUAGUCGCCGCCCGCCCCGUCCUCAAGCAGCGCGCCGAAGGCCGAACGACACCGCUCCUCCGCCGAUUAACGCAAUCGAUGCGCCACUCCCUCCCACUUCUCAUCCUCGGAGUCAUCCGCACUCUCAGCGUCAAGGGUCUCGACUACGCCGAGCACGUCACCGAGUAUGGCGUGCACUGGAACUUCUUCUUCACCCUGGGCUUCCUCCCGCCCUUCGUCGCCGUCUUCCAGUCCGCUCUCAAGAUCGUCCCCUCCUACGCGACACUCGCCGUCCUCUUAUCCGUCGUUUACCAGCUUGCCCUCGACAACACCCCCCUCAAGGCCUUCGUUCUGACGGCGCCGAGGAAUAACCUAUUUUCCAUGAACAAGGAGGGCAUCUUCAGCUUCAUCGGAUAUCUGUCCAUCUUCCUCUGCGGCCAAGAUGCAGGCAUGUACAUCCUGCCCCGCAGCAUCACGCCGCCGCGGAGCGGAGUCUCCAAGGGCUCUCAGCGGACCACGCUCCUGUUGACCAUGGCAGUCUGGUCCAUGAUCUGGGCAGCGCUAUACUUCUUCGCGACCGAUUACAGCUUCGGCUUCGGGCUAUCCGUGUCCCGCCGGCUCGCGAACCUUCCUUACGUCCUCUGGGUCGCAGCGUUCAACUCGACCCAGAUCUUAAUAUGCUGCCUCAUCGACACCAUCUUCUUCCCGGCGUUUUACAAUGCCAAUGACGCCAGGACGGAGAAGGAGGCGUACAUCAAUGCCACGAGUCGUGUGCUCAGGGCCUUUAAUAGGAAUGGCCUUGCGGUGUUCUUGCUGGCGAAUUUGUUGACGGGGCUUGUUAAUAUGACUGUGCCGACGCUGGACAUGACGCCCAGGCAGACCAUGGGUAUCCUGGUGGGAUAUACUGGCCUUUUGAGCGUUGUUGCUGUUGGUUUGGAUGCGUAUGAUAUUUCUAUUAAGCUUUAG